AUGGACCCUAUUCUUGCAGAAAGCAAGCUCGCCUAUCAUGGACUCCAAAUGACAUCAACUAAUACCAAUGGGACAGGUGUUGAUACAGGAAGGGCUCAAACUGAUGAAAUCAAAUCCCUGAUCAGGACCUUUCUUGGGGAUAUUGGCUUUGAUCGCAGCAUCCACGUCGUCAAAGACCAUGAGAUGAAAAUCGCUGUUUGGCAAUAUUUCCAAAAUUUGGGUCUGGGAGAGAAGAACGAGAAAUCGGUCCAACAAACCCUCAACCCUUCGGUAAACUUUGCAUAUCACGGGUACACGUCUCUUCCCUUCCAGGUGAGGGUGCUUGGUGCCAUUCAAUUCCUAUAUAUGUUUCUGGUGGAUGACGUGGCGGAGGAGUUCAUAGAAGAACUUCAAGCAUUUGGUCAAAACUUUGUUCUCAACCAACACCACAAGCAUCCCAUCCUGACUGGGUUGGAUUCUCACCUUCGCAAUCUAUCGAGCUAUUACGGCCCAUACUGCCACUCGGUGAUGAUUAAAGGCAUGCUUGAUUACAUCAAUGGACGUGUCGUCGAGUAUAAGAUCAAACAGUCCAAUUUCAAGUUCUCCAGCGAGUCCCGUCUCAUGCCUAUGUUCUUGAGAACUAAGGUCGGGGGUGCAGAGAUCAUGAUCCAUUUUCUUUAUCCCAACUGUGUCUUUCCCGAAGACGAAUAUGUUAUGCAGUAUUUCCCCGUCACUCUGGAACUUGUGCUCUUCAUUGACUUUACCAACGAUAUCUUGUCAUAUUACAAGGAGUUCUGUCUCAACGAUGAAACAGGCAAUUUCGUGGAGAAUUUUGCCGACGCGCAUCAUGUCCAGCAUUUGGAUGUCUUGCGGUACCUCACGAGCUAUACCCCUGCUGUGACAAAGUCAGCUUAUGAACAGCUUCGGAAUAGUCCAUCGCUGCUCGCUUUAGUUAAGAAUUUCACCCAGGGAAUGAUUAUGCUCUUCACGGCACAUCAUCGAUACCAUCUAGUGGAGUUGCUUGCGGAUGAGCAAUAUUUGCCACCUUAUAAUGAGGAUGCAUAG